UUUAUUCCGCCGCCGAGGGUGUCCUUGACGCCGACGCUGACAGGAGUCCCCCUGGAAAAGAGAGCCAUUUCCUUGCCAAUAUCAGGCAGCAGAUUACCAGGCUGUACGACCAACAACAAUGACCAGAAAGGAGGAACGGCGAAUGGAGCAUAGAUGUUCGACGUCGUCCUCGCUGCUAGACGGCGUUGCGGAGCUCGCGGGUGACGAGUCAUCAUCAUCACACUCAAUGUCACCCACCAUGACCGACUCUGUACCACCCAUGUCGGCCUCUACCUCUGCCACACCACCACCGGACAGUGCUACAUCAUCCAAGAUGUCGACGCCUCCGCCGUCAUCGACACCCAAGUCCAAAAAACCACCGCCAUCAGCGCCCCAGUUGAUUGGACACCUGCCUGUCGCUCGCGAUGAGGCACUAAGUUCGUUUACAGAGAUGGCUGACAAUUGGUAUCAGUACAAGUCCCUGGGGCGUUCUAGGGAGCUUUUGGAGAGCAUGACUUGUGAUUGUACUUAUGAACAUGGCGAGGACAGCCCAGAGGAUGCCUGUGGGCAGGGCUCCGAUUGCAUCAAUCGUCUUACGCAGGUCGAAUGUCUCCUGGACGAUUGUCGAUGUCAGUCGUACUGCCGGAAUCAACGCUUUCAAAACAAAGAAUAUGCGUCAAUUGAGAUAGUAAAGACGGAGAUGAAGGGCUACGGGCUUAGAGCUGAGGAGGAUUUGCCAAAAGACACAUUCAUCUACGAGUACAUCGGCGACGUUGUUAACAACCAGUCGUUUAAGAAACGUAUGAGGGAUUAUGCGUCCGAGGGUAUUGAGCAUUUUUAUUUCAUGAUGCUGCAGAAGGACGAGUUCAUCGAUGCCACUAAAAAUGGUGGUAUUGGACGAUUCGCCAAUCAUAGUUGUAAUCCAAACUGCUACGUCGCUAAAUGGACUAUUGGCAACACCGUACGCAUGGGUAUCUUUGCGAAGCGUUAUAUCAAGAAAUACGAGGAGCUAACGUUCAAUUACAAUGUCGAUCGUUACGGGCAUCAAGCACAGACGUGCUACUGCGGAGAACCGCAAUGCGUUGGAUAUAUUGGAGGAAAGACUCAGACAGACGUGUCGGCUAUGGAUGACUUAUAUCUUGACGCUCUUGGUAUCACUGACGAGUCCGAGCUUAUGGAGUAUAAGGGCACCAAAAAGAGAAAGGGCAAGAAACUCGACGAUCCUGACUUCCUCCCGCAAAUGAAAUCUAUCACGUUGAAGGAUGUUCCGAAAGUGGUCCAGGCUGUACGACAGACGACGAGUCCGAAGGUUUUAUAUAAACUUCUCACGCGUAUGAAGAUUACCGAAGACCAAGCUGCGCUGAGGCAGAUUAUGCGUCUGCGCGGUUUUAGUCUUAUGAAGAACAUCUUGGAAGACUACUCGGAAGCGACGGAUCUGAUCUGUUUGACUUUGGAGUGCAUGUCAACAUGGCCAUUAGUGUUUCGCAACAAGGUGGAGGAUUCCCAGGUCAAUGUGUCUGUGAAAGCCUAUGCCGAAUCAGAGAACGAGACCGUAAAGGAACUAGCGUCGAAGCUCAUCGCGCACUGGGAUACAUUAACAUUAGGUUAUCGGAUACCCAAACGUGCAAAAGCGGAUAUCGAAAAGGACCGUCCGGCGCCACGAGCUCCUGUUUACCUAUCCGAUAAUGAAUCGUCCUACAAACGCCACAAGCCUCCCCCGAAACGCAAGCGAAUCGAACGAGUCGAGCGCAUUCCCUCUAAUCAUAACUUCACUUCACCACCGACGGUUUGGCAAGGUUUUUAUAUGGUUGAUGAUCCAAAUAAUCCAAAUGCCCUUACCCGGCCGCUGUCCCCUGACAUAAUAGCGCGUCAGGAAGCAAUGGAAAAGAUGGAGGGAGUGUUCACAAAAGAGAAAGUCGAUGCGAUUAUUACUGCUGCUGCUGAGGCACAACGGGUUGCUGCAGAGGAGGCUGUACGUGCUGCCGCCGAGGCGGAGGAGAAAGCCAAGGCGGCGGCGGCAGCGAAGGAGGCACGAGCAGCGAAGAAGAGGCAACAUCACAGCUCACAUCAUAGCCCCCAGAAAAAAGCGGAGACUUUUGAACAGAAAGAGGCUAACAAGGAGAAGAGACUAUUGAAGCUCGUUGGCGCUGUAGUUGUGAAAUGCAUGUCGAAGUAUGCCAAAUCGAUGGAGCAUGAUGUGUUCAAGAAGCAUGCGAAGGAGCUCACGCAUAUCAUUACUGAGAAGGAGAAGAAGUCGCGAAGCUACCGCGAUGGGAAAUUGGAUGCUCUUUCGGAUGAGAAAGUUGCGAAGAUUAAGAAGUUCGCAAAGGAGUAUAUUGGCAAGGUUUUGAGGAAGUCAGAGAAGCGAAAACGGAUUGAUGCUGUCAUAGAGGCGACGCCCUCCGGGUCGGCUGACACGCCUGAUUCAGCAGGAGGGGGCGAUUUUGUGGAUAUACCGAUGACGAUGGAAGAUGCGAUGGACAUCGCAGAUUAUGGGAGCGAUGACGAUGACGAUGACGGACCGAGUGUUGCGCCUCUGGGGGAUGGGGGCGAGGACGGUAAGAGUCCAAUGGAGGUAGAUCCGCCAGAAACUUCGGAUCCUCGGUUACGUGCCUCGUGACCUGAUACUCACAUUUUGUUCCCUCAUCCCUACGGCAUUAAAUUUAUGGAUUUGUUAAGUACCUUGGAAUAACGAGCGUGCUACUUUUACCGAGGAUCGCCAUGACACGCUCAGUCGUAAAUGUCUGGUAUGUUUCCCAGCGGACGUAGUGGCGAAUUCCCUUCGUACCUG